CGCUCUCAUUCACUUGUAUUUCAGUGCGCUGUUGCCAACUUGGGCGCUUCGUGUCGCCAUCCUCCGACAGUUCCGUUACGACCUCGUCACCGGAGCAUCACAUCAGACCGCCGGUGGGCGAGUCGGGGUGUGUCCGUCUGCCUGCAAAAGAGCCGUGAGCGCGUGCGUUUUAAGAAAGCGCGCCUAUAAAACGAGAGGGAAAUGAAAUAAAAUGCUUGAAAAUCAAAGAGGAUCACAUCGUCAUUCCUAGACACUUGUUUAUCGCUGUCGGAGGAGGACAAAAGCAUGAAGAAACAUCACAGCCCCGCGAAGGUACCACUGGAAGUCACCGUGCCAGACACCGAGGCGACCGUACAACAACUCAACAAGCUGCUUUCCAAUGGAAGCGGUUUCUACAGUCUACCAGCGCAACAUUUCAACGAGGUGUUUCCCAGGAUUUUCAUCGGCAAUGCGUUUGUGGCCCAGAAUGUGAUGCGCCUGCAGCGGUUGGGUGUGACACACAUACUAAACGUCGCAGAGGGAAACUCUUUCAUGCACGUCAACACCAACGCAGAGUUCUACGCAGGAACCGGGAUCACGUACCACGGCAUACAGGGCAAUGACACCGAGCAGUUUAACAUCAGUGCAUUCUUCGAGGAAGCAGCAGACUUCAUUGAUAAGGCGCUGGCACAUGCAAAAGGAAAGGUUUACGUUCACUGCCGCGAAGGCUACAGCCGAUCCCCCACUAUCGUAAUCGCUUAUCUCAUGCUCCGGCACAAGAUGGACGUACGAGUGGCCACGGCAACGGUAAGGCACAAGAGAGAGAUUGGACCGAAUGACGGAUUCCAAUGCCAGCUUUGCCAACUGAAUGAAAAACUGGCAAAGGAGGGCAAGUUGAAGACCAAAUGAUAGAAGUGUCUAGAGGGACUUGUUUUCAUCUGGAUAUACACAUGCAGGUGCACACGGUCAAGCGAGCGUGCAGCUGUCCAAGCAUAUUAACCGAAUGUAAACAUACAUCCAGUACAAUCAAACAGUGCAUAUGCAUGGAGGUAUACCGUUAUUUCAAACAUACACGCACUCAAAGACACAUAGUUCACACUCACACAAAGUGUUGUUCCUGAAUAAUUACUCCUGCUUCCAGCUGGCUGGUAAGGGAAAGAUCUACUGGCGUAUCUGAAAUAUUAAGACUGUAUGAGGAGCAAGGGCAGAGUUUUCUAUGACAUCACUUUUUGUUGCAUCAUUUCUCAUUAUAGUUAGCGCCGAUCUCUCAUCAGGACCACCUACAAGCCUAAAGCUAAAGCAUUCCAAUUCUCACAAAUUUAACUUUUGGAGCAUAACAGCCCAGCAGUCACUGGUAAAGAUUGUAGAGUAGAGCACAAUCAUCCUGUGAGCUCCUGUCAUUCCUAUUUGUAUGUGGAAGAAUAUAAUAUUUAGGUAAAAAAGCACGAAAUUGUACCUUUUACAGCCAUCUUUGAUGGCAAUUUUAAGUCAGGACUAAACAGGAGAAAAACAAUGAAUUGAUGAACAACAUUCCAUAUUGUACUGCAACAUACACACGUUUUAGCUAAGAUUCAACAAACAGGUUCAACCCGGUUCUAUGCAGCACUGACAAUGCAUCAGGCCAUCUGGAAUCAUAUAAGUCUUUCCACUGAUUCACUGCCAGUCUCAUGCUGCACGUUACGUCUAACACGAGAUCAUAGCCAGCCUUGACCAGACGGACACGUACAGCAGAUGAAGCAUCACUGCUAUGUCAACUGCCUAAUGAUGUCCCCUUAUGCAAGGUUUGUGACCUACAGUCCUAAUGCCCCUGGUUCAAGUCACAGGAAUCAAAUAGAGUACCUGUGAUGCUUGUUUUGUAAUAAGAAGCUGGUAUAUAUUGGCAUGUUAAAGAAUUAGAAUAAGUUUUAUUUUCAUCUGUCAACACUUUGAUUGAGCCUCACUUCUGGCUUGCUUUAGCCUCUUUAAGGGGGUCAUGUGCUUUUCUUGUACACAGAUAAUGUAAAUCAAAAAUGUUGACAAGGAACAGUCAUGGUUUUUAUGUCUGUUUUGCGCCCUCUCUCUGCUCCAUGCUGCUGUGCCUUUAAGACUUUUAUUGUAUUACUUUUUCUCAUAGACUGUGGGUUUAGUGGCUUUAUAGUUUUUGAUGUCCCAUCUUUCAAUAACAGCUUCUUUGCGAAGCCUGAAUUACGUUGCGGCAGGUUCACAGAACAAUCUGAUCUGUAAUGUGCUACACAAACUGUUAAAAUCAGACUUGAAUGAUCUGGGAAGUUUAGUCUAAGUCUAUUCCUUAUGUUAUCAAUCUUUGAAAACAUAUGACAAAUGUGCUAUAAACACUCCAGACCAGCACAAGGUUUGGUCUACUUACAUUUAAAUUACACAAUGUUCUACCACGGAGCCACAGGAAUUUGUAGCUGCAGUUGUAAAUGCGGGCAGUCAUAAAAUAAUGGUAAAUGGUAAUAAGGUAACAUUUCAUUUCUCAUCAUAUGACCCCUUUAAAGAAAAAAAACGGCAUGAGUUCAUUUGAAAUGGGUGAAUUUCCUUUAUCAGAUUUGAUCGACGUUAUUAAAGUUUUGGUACUAGUUGAGGGUUUUCAGAUAUCGCAAACAUACAAUACUACGAUUCAUAGGCUAGAUUAUAACACAAAGCACUACUUAUGCCUCUUUUUUUAUAUUUCUAUAUUCCAGAUAUAUAAACUUGUAUAUACAUAUUUAGCUGUUGACAUAUAUGAAUGUAUAUGAAUCGUCCAUAAUAUUUCUGUAUGUCAAUAGAAGUAUCAACUAUAUUGUGGUCAAUGUUUACUUUUAUUUAGAAAUGCCAUGAACAUGUUUGACACCAAUUUUGUGUCAUAAACCUAUCUGUUUGCUGAAAGCCUUCAUAUUUUUCUGUUUAAUUUUCACUGUGAUUAACAGUAGCAUAUUUUGAUAUACAGUAUAUGCUUUUGCAUUGUAUUAAAGGAUCAAAGUUUGUUUUUAAGCUAACACUGUUGCAGGCCACCUCACAUCAUACAAACUAGAUAGUUUAAUCCACAAUAACUUUAUUUAGAAAAUGUAUAUUGUAUUCAAGAAUACACACUAUAAACAUUCCUUAAUUAUUAUCUGGAGACUUAGGCUUUAUAUAACCUAACUAACUGUAGCUAUGGAAACCUGUGUGCCCUCACAAAACAAGUGAACCAAUGAAGAUGGUCUGUGCAAAGCAAAUUAUGGGACUUGAUCAGAACUGAAAUCUGCCUGUGCUUUUCGAGAUUGUAGCUGAAACUUGUAACCUCAAAAAGCAACAAUUUCCCAUUUUAAAUAAGCAGAUAGGGACACAGCCUUUUCUGAAAAUGGAUUUGUGGAAGGAGAAACACUGCCAUCUGCUGUCGAAAACCUUGUGGUUUGCAUAAACUGUCUUGCUAUGUAUUGCCUUUUAUUUAUAUAUAUAAGAUUGUAUGUUACACAGUGUAUACAAGUUAUAAACAUUCAUGUAAUCUAACAGGGAAAAUUUAAUGAAAAUGGUUGUACUACUAUAUGGAUUAUAUGAUUUCAAUAGUAUAUAUACUGUAUAUACAACAAUGAAUCAUAAUGCUGCUUGGUCAUUUUGUAUUUGUCUCAUUAUCUAGAUGCGACCAUUUUAAACGUUUAUUAAAAAAAUGAUAAUACAGAUGUUGAGAAAACAAUACUUAAGGGUGUAAAUGUAAAAUGCCUCUAAGGUAUAAUACUAUAUUGUGCUUAAUUAUAAUAUCUUAUUUUACAUAUACACAAUUACAUUUAAUUGACAAUAGCGCAAAGUAAUUCAUCUGUGCAUUUCUGCAAAGAAAUCUAUUUUGUACACACACAUACAAGCACAUAAUUGAAUUUAUUCUCUCACUCACACACACACUCGCUCAAUUUCCCCUGAGCACAUGUAACUCUAUAGCUAUCAUCUGUGAGCCGUCUCUUCCUCCUGUUUGAUUUGUGUUGUUACUGUAAUGUGAUAUUGUAAACGACUGACCGUUUGUUUGCUGUAAAGGACAUGGAAACUUCAGCAGUAACAGGAUGGUUUGGCACAACUGUUCACACUCACAAAUUAUCUGUAAACAUUAAGUCCAUUGACUUACAUUAUGAUGGUAUUGAUCUGAUUUGACCAGGAAGGAAAUUGCAGAUUGGAUGUCAAAGUAAUGAAUUCCAUCAACACAGGCUGUCAAAGCAUCCCACCUUAAAGCCUUAUCCUGAUUAUAUAUAUUUUUAAUUCACGACAACUUCACAAACCAAGAUGACACUGUUAAAGUGCACUUGAAUGAAUCACAGUUCUUUUUCUUACACUGGAAAACGGCUUGAUGUGAAAAAAUAAACGACUAAAAUUAAAA